ACAGGGGGCAGGAAGAGCUUAAGCUUUAUACUACUAGCAGCAAGCUAUCUAGGUAGGGUAACUAUUAUGGUAGUUCUGCUUAUAUUGCUACAGGGUGACUUAAUAGAAUGGUGCCGAAAGAUAAAGAUAUUAUAUGCCAAGUGGCGCAGUAACUAG